AUGAAUGACACUUGUGGCUCGGGCAUGCUGGCCUUGCACCUGCCGCUCGGGCAGUUCUCCUACAUCUACCUGGGCACACUGCUGGUGCUGGGCCUGCUGCUCAACGGCCUAGCCCUCUGGGUAUUCUGCCACCGCAUGCAGCAGUGGACGGAGACCCGCAUCUACAUGACCAACCUGGCGGUGGCCGACCUCUGCCUGCUCUGCACCAUGCCCUUCGUGCUGUACUCCCUGAAGGACACCUCCGGCGACACGCCGCUGUGCCAGCUCUCCCAGGCCACCUACCUGGCCAACAGGUACAUGAGCAUCAGCCUGGUCACGGCCAUCGCUGUGGACCGCUACAUGGCUGUGCGGCACCCGCUGCGCACCCGGGGCUUCCGGUCCCCGCGGCAGGCCACGGCGGUGUGUGCCCUCCUCUGGGUCCUGGUCAUCAGCUCCCUGGUGGCCCGCUGGGUCCUGGGGAUGCAGGAGGGUGGCUUCUGCUUCACAAACCGCUCCCGGCACCACAACAGCACCGUGGUAUUCUCACUGGUGGGCUUCUACCUGCCUCUGGCCGUGCUGGUCUUCUGCUCUCUGCAGGUGGUGACCGCCUUGGCCCAGAGGCCAGCCACCGACACGGGGCAGGCAGAGGCCACCUGCAGAGCUGUCCGCAUGGUCUGGGCCAACCUUGCCGUGUUUGUGGUCUGCUUCCUGCCUCUGCACGUGGUGCUGACGGUACGUGCCGCCCUGGGCCUGCAGCCCUGUGCUGCCCUUGAAUGCGCCCUCUUCUUCACAAGCAAACUCUCAGAUGCCAACUGCUGCCUGGACGCCAUCUGCUACUACUACACCGCCAAGGAGUUCCAGGAGGCGUCUUCCCUGGCUGUGACCCCCAGCGCCAAGGCCCACAAGAGCCAGGACUCCCUGUUCGUGACCCUCUCAUAGGAGGUACACAGUUGCACAGCAGCACCGUGGACCAGGGGUGGGGUCGCCAGAGGUGCCUCCUCUCAGGGGAAGCUGCAGGCAGCAGCCUGAGCUCACUGUGGGCUGGGGUCUCUCUAGCAGCCCCAGGGCCUGGGAUGACCCAGGGGGAGGAUCAGAGAUGAGAGCAAGAGGACUGAGGCCUGAGCAAGGCCAGCCUCGGGAGCUAGGGCCAAGCCACAUGCCUGCCACUCUGGACCUGGCACACCUGGGCCAGGUGGGUUCCUGAGAAGUGGGGCAGGACCUGAGGUCUAGCCUCCUGCGGGGGUAGGUAUAAAGCCUCCCUGGAGUCAGACUGGCAGGGCCCUCUAUAUUGUCCACAACCAAGUGGCAGGAGGUAGGAGGCAGAGAGAGGACAUAGGGCUACAAGGGCCAGGGAACAUCUUCCUGGAAGACUCUCUGUAGCUCCCUCCUUGGGACCCUCUUCAAGCCCUGUUUCCACUUCCCACUCCUCUGGAGCUAUAGGGGCCAUUUGCAGCUCUUGGCAGGACUGCAGGGGGUGCCCACCCCCAGCUUUCUGUGGUCUGGGCAGGGCUAGGACUGGCCCAAGCCUGUGCAGAGGCCACACAGCUAUGCCAGGGUGGGUGACAAUGGUCAGGCUGAUCAGAGGGGCAGUGAAGGAGGCAGCCGUGUCUGUGAAGGACACGGUGCUCCUGUCCUUCCUUCAGGGAAAAGCCAGAGCCACAUCUGGCAGAAGCAGGGGCAGGGGGCCGGCCCAGGCAAAUGCAGGAAGUUUAGGCCUCUAAACUCAAGCUGGAGUGACUAGAGUUUUCUGGAGGACUCCUGUGGGUGCUGGAUUGAGGUGGGCCUGGGCAAACCCUGACUCUGCCAUCUCACACUGUGUGCUCAGGCAGCACCCCAACCCUUCUGCGUGACUGGAGCAAGACAGCAGCCAUGUUCUGCCAGGGCUGGCCUCAUGGGCACAAGGUGGAAACAUCCCACCUUGUGGGAUGCCAACAAACAGGGAGCCAAGUAAAGAAGGGUCCAGGCUGAGGAGGGUCCAGGCUCAGAUGGCCCCCUACUUUACUUCUUUGCUGUCUUGAGCCUCUUGAUUUUUGAAAGAGACGCUCACGUUCUCAUUUUGGUCUGGACCUGCAGACCCUGUGGUCUGGGUCAUGGUCUGCUUAGAGCUCAUGCACAGGAUAUACAGACAGUUUGGUCUGGUGCAUGGGGUCCAUGGGGCUCUGGAGUCUCUGGGCCCCAGGCUUCAGGCCACAUGUGCCUCCAUCAGGGCUUCUGGGCAGCUGGAAACACUCCAAGGGCUGAGGCUUCAGGGACAAGAGGUCAGGGGGCAGGUGCAUUUAGGAAGGGGCAGAAGGGAAACAGCCCUGGGGUCCUCCCACUCUGUCCCAUCCUCCAUCCCCAGAACUCCUGCCUCUUGGCUGAGCCAGAUCCUUCCAGGACUUUGAUGACCUUCAGGGAGCAAAGUCGGACCGGCCAGUCUGAGCCUGAACUUCCUAUGUCAGGGUCCUGGUUCACCCCCACCACUGCUCAGUCAUCCAGGCACUGGCUACCUGGUCUAGCCAUACCUGCUCCCUCAGCCCAGGCCUGCCCACUGUCUGCAGGGACUGAGGGAAACCAAAAACUGGCCUCCUAGGCCCCUCCUGCUCAUGCACCCCUCGUCACAGGGCAUGUAGGCCUGAUGCCACCCACCCACAAGGGGCUGGCCUCACUCCCGGCCCUCAGACUCCCUCUGCCUGGAAGGACUCCGCAUGGGGGCCCCGGUCCCUCUCCCUUCCUCAGGUUCCCAAGCCCUCUGUCACCCUGCCCAGGAGUUACUCUCCCCAAGCCCUUGGUCUGCGGCAGUUGUGACCAGUGAUCAAGCAGUGACCAAUGAAGCAUGGGUGGGGUAAACACCUACGUGGACCUGCCCCCCUCCUCCCUCCAUUAUGCCCCACCCUCUGGGAGAGUGACCCUGCAUGUCCCUGGGAACAG